UGUUAGCAUAAAAAAAGUGUUAUUAGUUUUCUUCUUUAUUAUAUUAUCUCAAAAUAGAAGAAAAAACGAUGAAGACAAUUCUUUGGUGUUUGAUAAUAAAAAUUUUGAUUAUUAACGGAUCGUCAGUGGAGGACUUUUUCUUCAAGAAUAAUGAACAAAAUUAUGAAACUUCGAAUGAAGAAUUCCAACUUUGUAAAGAUCAGCAACUAUCUUUAAAUUUUUCCAAUACAAUUGUAACUAAAGUUGGAGAGAAUUUUCUCACAAGUACAUUAAUUUCGUGUUUGAAAAUGAAUAACAAUAGCAUUACAGAUGUAUCAUCUUCAGCUUUUGAUAAAAUUCCAAAUUUAACUUAUUUAAAUCUUGCCAAUAAUUCGAUUGGAAAAGAAGAACUUUUGCUUAGAGGGAAUUUUAAAAAUUUGAAGAUACUUAUUUUAGACAAUGCUUAUUAUUAUCGUUGGAGUGAAUUUGGAUUAACUUUUGGAGGAAAUUAUCCCUCUCUUGAAAAGCUCUAUCUGAGAAAUAAUAAAAUAAGAUCGGUACACAUGGUCUACAAAGAUGAUUAUGAAGGGAAUUUUUCAAAAUUAACACAUUUAUAUUUAAAUAAUAAUUCACUUUUAAAUUUCUAUAAUGAUAGGAUGUUCUCAUAUGAAUUUAUAGCUCUAAGGUAUAUUAAUUUGAAUAAUAACAAUAUGGACACUGUGUAUAUUGAUCUACCAGAAAUCGAAUUUCUCUCCUUUGAUUAUAAUCGAGUUUCGUCAUUGUUUUUGAAAAGAACAAGAAAACUAGAAAAACUAUACGCAGCUCAUAAUCAUCUAUAUACAUUUUCCAAAGAUUCUUUAGAACAAUGCCAAAAGUUAAAAAUUUUAAACUUGAAGAGCAACAGAAUUUCUAAAUUAAGUAAAACAAUUUUAGAAAAAUGCAAUUCAUUGGAAUAUUUAAAUUUAGAUAACAAUGAAAUAAGUGAGAUUCCAGAAAUAUAUUCAACUUCAUAUUUAAAGAGAUUAUCGUUACGAUGCAAUAGAAUUGAUUCAUUAAAUUCAACCACUUUUUCUCUGAUGCCACAUUUGAUUGUACUUCGUCUAGAUGGAAAUAGAAUUUUUCAAGUUGAAGCCAAUACAUUUUUAACACUUGUCAAUUUACAAAGUCUCACUCUUGGUAAUAACAGACUUGGAAAUUUACCUGAAAAUUGGUCGCAAAAUUUGAAAAUGCUACAGAAUUUAAAUUUAGAAAAUAAUGAAUUCAAAAUGUUGGAAGAUAUGUCUCUAUCGUACGAUGAUGUAAUUUUAAAGAUAAACCUUACUAAUAAUCCAAUUGAACAACUGUUAGCGUAUUCUCCUGCUGCAAUACCGGAAAAUGCUGUAGUUUAUUUGGGUCUUAAAUCAACCCGAGUCGAAAGUUGUUCAAGGAAUUAUUGAAAUUGAUACUUUAGGAUUUGUAGUAAUGAAUAUAACAAGUAACAUUAACUAUUUUAUGUAUGCAUUAAUAAUAAACUUAUUAG